UAGUAGAACAUUCUCCAUUUCUCUCAAACACUGUAACAGAAUAUAUAUAUGUAUAUAUGUAUAUGUAUACCCAAAACUUUUAACAGUAGAAGCAAGAUGUUUUCAAGAACCUACUUACGUUAAGAAGCUUACAAAUACGCCAUAGCUUUGCCCGUUGCCUCCACAGGGAACUUUCAUUACAAGAGGAGUAUCAGAAAGUUUGCAAGAAAAAUAACGACGAACAAAACAAUGGCCGUUGCCUUGCCUUAUCAUUACCGCACCCUUCUCUGUCUUGUCUUAGCCUCACUGUGCUUCGGGGACAUUCCAACGAAUGAAGGGUCUUUGCUCCCUCUUCUUGACACCCCUGCAAGUCUACUCUCUGAUCUCUGGCCGGACAGGUUCCCUCAUCCAUUCAGAGUGUUGGAGCAAAUCCCAUUGGAACUAGAGAGGGACAAUAACAUGGCUCUGUCUCCUGCAAGAGAGGAUUGGAAAGAAACACCUGAAGGCCACGUGAUCUCCCUGGACAUCCCCGGGUUGAAGAAGGAUGAGAUCAAGAUCCAGGUGGAAGAGAACCGAGUUCUGCGAGUCAGUGGGGAGAGGAAACGCGAGGAGGAGAAGAAGGGUGAUCACUGGCACAGAUUGGAGAGGUCGUACGGAAAAUUCUGGAGACAUUUCAGAUUGCCCGGCAAUGUGGAUUUGGAUUCUGUCAAGGCCAAGCUUGAAGAUGGCGUCCUCACAAUUAACCAACAACUGUCCCCUGACAAGGUCAAAAGUCCAAAGGUUGUCAGCAUCGAGGGUGAAGAGAAACAACCAGACAAACUCAAAUCUUCUGAAACCAAACAAGAUUAGCUAUCUCCCAUAUCUUCGCUUUCGUGUACCCAUUGGUCAAGAGUCCAGAACUGAGUUUUUUAUGUUGUUAAAAAAAAAAAAAAAAAAAAAAAAAGGGGUGGGGUGUAAUCUUCAGUGUAUGUGAUGAUGUAAUCUAUCCACCAAAAUCUGUGUAACAACCGUUUUGAGAAGAAAAAUAAAAUAAACUAAAAGAGUUUCAAAAGAGAACGAACGAAAAAGUUGAAAACUUUAUAAGUAGAGAAUUUCAGACGCGUCAUAUUAAGGAUUAGUACAUAAACAUGAUAUUUAUAAACAAAUGAACAGAUACAUGCAUAUUACAACAAUAUAGAAGGGUGGAAGCACAAGGGUGAAAGCAGAUUCAAGAAAAUGAUAGGUAAAUACUGCAUCAUUUUAAAAUCCACUCAUAUAUAUAUAUAUACACACAAAAACUAUAGUCAAGUGUUUGAACAGAAAAUGAUUCCAAGAAACUAUGCU